AAACAACAUGGCUGACUUUUGUUAGUUAUGCUUUUCCUAAAUAUGAUUUUCCUAAAUAUCAUGAGUUUUGCCUAUUUCACCCAAAUAUCUCACAAUGGAUGAUAAUGCCAAAAACCAUCCUCAACGCAAACAUGGGGCUGCCAAAAGCUCAAGAAGUUCACGUUCAUCAAUUUCUACAAUUAAGCUGCCCCCAAUUACUACACCACCACGCAGACAGACUUCUCCUACAGUGAAUCCAUGGUUCUUCAAUGAUCCUGCUGCAUUGCGUUUGGGACGAGGCAAACGUAGUCGCCCAAGAUGUGGCAUCGGCAUUCUUGUCCAGUCAUCCUACUCACAGAGACGUAUGCUUGCCCCUCUCCCCGCCGUCAUCAAAAGAAACAAACAAGCACCUCCACCAAAACAAAAAACUGAGUUGUCAGGCCAAAUUGAUGCUUUGCUUCUGAAUGAAAGCAGGCCAAUGACAGAACUCAGUGAGAGUAUGAAAAAUGGUGCUGAAGGGAUGAAAGAACUAGAGUGUGACAGCAACUUGGAACCUGAAAACUUGAAACCUAGUGAUACAAACAGCCAAGCCUUCAAAGAUUUUGUUGCGGCUUUUGAUGCCAUCCCAGUUGACACGAAAAAUGUGUCUUUAUCAGACAUCAGUGGCAUCAGUGACAUCUCAUCUUUAUGGGAUGAUGAUGGUGAAGACGAUGAAGAUCUCGACAGUGAUGAUAUGGACGAUGAUGAGGAUGAUGAUUUAGAUGAUGAUUUAGAUGAUGAUGAAGAUGAUGAUGAUGAUGAUUUUGAUAUGGAUAUUGAUAUUGAGGAUAUGAGCAAAAAUGUCCUUCCCAGUGUCCUACCUUCCGUUGAAGACAGGCUAGCCCCAAUGCCAGCACAGUUGACUUUGGCUGCCAAGGUGAAAAGGCUGUUUCAGGGAGACGUGGAAUUGGACUAUCCAGCUAGCGCUAAGAUUGUCAGGAUCUUCACAAGCAGUACAUUUACAGACACACAUCAUGAGAGGAACUAUUUGAUGAAGAAAACCUACCCAGAGCUUAAGAAGUUUUGCCAUGGCCUUGGCUAUGAAUUCCAGGUUGUUGACAUGAGAUGGGGAAUCCGAGAAUACUCAAAUGAUGAACAUACUGCCACCGAACUUUGCUUACAAGAGUUGAAACUCUGCAAAGAUCUUUCAACUGGGCCAUUCUUUGUGACGUUCUUGUCUCACAAGUAUGGCUACUGUCCUCUACCGCGGGUCAUUGAUGGCGAAGAGUUUGAACUUUUGCUGAUAGCUGUAGUAGAAGAUAGUGACCAUGAUCUUAUCAGCAAAUGGUAUCAAAAGGAUUACAAUGUUGUCCCAGCAGCAUACAUCCUCCAGCCAAUCAGUACGUACUACCCUGAUGUUUUGGAUAAAAGGAGCAUCGAUGUCCAGAAAGCUGCCAAAAGAAGAUGGUGGGCCGACGAGGAACGAAUCUCUGAAAUUCUUGCCAGGGCUGCUGCACAAAAGCUACCCGAUACAAAAGAUAUUCAGAAAUACUUAAUAUCAGUGACUGAGAAUGAAAUCCGAGAUGGGAUCCUUGAAGCUGCAGACAUCGGUGACCAUUGUCUCUGGUUUUACCGAGACAUAGAAGAUAUCUACAACCAACCCAAGAAUUAUGCCUUUGGGCGCUACACUGAUGUCAAAACCAAUGAAGCGCAAACUGCCAAAGUGAUUUAUUCCCUGGAGAACCUAAAAUCCAAACUUUGCUUUAUAAUGCCAAAGAACAAUAUCAAGGAGUACAUUCUCAAAUGGGACGAAGCAGAAGGUAUCAAUCCAACAAGUGUACCUGAGCAUGCAAAAUACCUUGAAGAACUGGCACAAGAUUUUGAAAACCAAAUGAAGUCUUUGAUUGAGAGAGGAAUUGAGAAGAAGCAAAAGAUUGCCAUCCAUGACUCGCUGUAUGAAGAGGUGUUACAGCACACAGCAUUCUGUCAGGAGAAGAUCAGCAAGUUUCAUGGAAGGGAAGAUACCAUUCAGGAAAUCCUGAACUACUUCGAGACUUCUGGAAAAAGCAAGCCUUUUGUUGUCCAUGGAAAGUCAGGUUGUGGGAAGACAUCCAUAAUGGCAGCUGCAGCUCAGAAAAUCAAGCUGAAGCCAAGGACACUGGUUCUUCUCAGGUUUAUUGGGACCACACAGGAGAGCUCAGGCAUCAGACAACUACUAGUCAGUGUGAUGAAUCAGAUGUUUAAAGUUCAAAGUAAACAACCACCAGACUUCCCAGCGGACAUGAAAGGUUUGAUAACGAAAUUCACAGUAGCGAUCCAUUCCAUGGCCAUCUGGUUGAAGAUCUGGAACUGCCAAGCUGUGAUCCUGUUAGACUCCCUAGAUCAGUUAAACCCAGAUGAUGGUGCCUUACAGUUGGCUUGGUUACCUGUGAAACUGCCGGAGCGGGUCAAGAUUGUUGUGUCAACAUUGCCGGACAAGGAGUAUGAGUGCUUACCUCGACUUCAGGCGCUUAUUCCUUCAACCAAUUUCCUUGAGGUCCCAACUUUGUCAGACACCGACGUCAAUGGAAUCCUUCAACUCUGGUUCAACAAGACCCAUCGUACCCUAACAUCGGAGCAACAAGACAUUCUGGCAAAUGCAUUCCACAAGUGUCCAUUGCCUUUGUUCUUGAAGUUAAGCUUUGAUGAGUCAUGCCGCUGGUCAUCAUACUAUACGCCAGAUAGGACCGUAUUGGAGCAUACAAUCAGGGAAGCCAUAAUCAGUCUGUUUAAUCAGCUAGAAAAGAAAUAUGGGACACUGUUGGUCUCCAAGGCUCUACGUUAUAUGACAUUGGCUGGGCGUAACAAUGGCCUGACUGAAACUGAACUUGAAGACCUUCUGUCAUGUGAUGAUGACAUCCUCAACGAUGUAUACCAAUACUGGACUCCGCCAAUCAGACGUCUGCCUCCCCUUUUGCUUGUCCGUCUGCUGAAUGAUAUCAGACAGUACUUAGUGACUCGAGGAGCAGAUGGAUUCCGGGUGGUCUACUGGUAUCAUCGUCAGUUCAUUGAGGCUGCCCAAGAGCAAUACUGCACUGUGUCUGAGGAGGACACCAAGGCGGCCCAUUUUGCCAUUGCAGAAUACUUUCUUGGUACUUGGAGUGGGGUUCCUAAACCAUACAUCGAUAAGAAAGGCAUCCCUCAUGAAGAUGAUCGCAUCUUACCAGAACAACCAAUCAAGUUCACUGAAGAUCUCUACAACUAUCGCAAACUCAUGCUUCUGCCGACGCACUUGGCAUACAGUGGAAACUUGAACUUAUUGAAGACAGAGGUUCUCUGUAACUACACUUGGCUGUAUGCGAAGCUGAAAGCAAAGUCACUCAGGCAUGUAUUGGAUGAUUACCAACUUGCUGCAGGCCUCUACUCCUCUGAUACUGACAUCCCAACAAUCAUGUCCAUGUUGCAACUCUCCCAAGUUGUCAUACAGAUUGAUGUAACAACCCUGGCUGGCCAAGCUGUGGGAAGAAUAAAGGAAGCUGACAGCCCACACAUGAAGGAGUUCCUGUCUCAGUGCUGUCAACCAUCAGAUCCAGGCUUCAUCCCCGAGGAACCAUUCCUGUUCUCUGUGGGGGGUGAGCUGGCCCACACCAUCAGGCUGCACAAAGAGGACAUAUACAGCUUAGCAAUAACUAAAGAUGGGAAAUAUGCUAUUAGUACUGGCGACGAGGCCAUCAAGGUGACUGCAAUUUCAGACGGUACGGUGAAAAAGUCCUACACCGCAAUGGUCAAGCCAACCAAUCGCUCCUUCUACGACCAAGUGAGAAUCUGCGGGAAAGAUGGUGAACUUUUCUCGGUCCUUCUCUCACUCGGAUACAACAGUAGAUGCCAAUUGUUUAUCCUGAAGGUCGAGACUGGCGAAGUUGUACAUCAGCUAUCCGUGUUUACAGCAUCCGUGACAACACAUGUUUUUGACGAUGGAUGCAAAUUAGCAGCAUUGAUUGGUAACAGCCUCUUCAUCUUCGAUGUAUACACUGGUGAAAAAGUGAAAAUCACUGACACACUUCUGGAGAAAGGACAGAAAUACGGCAAUGAAGAUCUGAUUGGAGGAAACAAGAAAUACCUUGUCUUUUCCUGCUUAGGAACCCGAUAUGUCCGGAUAUUCGACAUUGAGAAGAACGAGAUAAUCAAAAACGUUGAGAUUUAUGCCAGGGAUAUGAAAAUACCUGAAGAUGAUGAAGAAGAAGACAAAGGGAAAGCAGAUGUCAGCAAUGAAUCUGAUGUCAACGAUGAAGCAGACGUCAAUGAUGAAGUAGGCAUCAACAAUGAAGCAGGCGUCAGUGAUGAAGAAGGUGUCAACAAUGUAGCAGGCGUCAAUGAUGAAGCAGAUGACAAGAAGAAAGUCAAGAAUCAUGAUACUGACGAAGAUGAUGACGAAAACGAAGAUGAUGAUGACGACUAUGACAAUGUCACUAUCGAUGGUUUAGCAGUUACCCCCGAUGAGGAGUAUGUUGUCCUUGCUAAUUGUUCUCUCAAUGAUUUGGAAUAUUUCUCAUUGCCUGAGAUGGAGAAAGUCAAGACUUAUCAAGGUCAUCGAAAAGACUACUCGGAGAAGUUCCAGAUACUCCCAGACGGCAAACAUCUCGUGCUUCCAGGGAUGGAACAUUCAAAUGUCAUCGCAUGGGACCUGGUUGCCGGCACCAGGCACACCAUACUUGCCCAUGAGCAUGCAGUCCAGUUUAUCGCGGCAGUGGAUAUGAAAACAUUUGUGACGACAUCGACCGAUAACUUGCUUCGGAUCUGGCAUCGGGAAGACACUGCUCUGCCAGUUGCUGGAGGUAAAGAUGGUCCUGAUAAGGAGACUGUGGCAUGGAGGUUCCUAACAUUGAACCCAAAGAACCCUCGCUACCUGCUGGGCAGUUACACAAUUAAAGAUGCCGAAGGCAAAACCAAGGACAUCCAACUUUUUGUACUGGAUCUGAUGUCAAGGGAAAUUGUUCGAUCAGCUGCAAUACCUUCUAAUAAAUAUAGUCGUUUCUAUAUCAAUGAAGAUAAGAUCAGCCAGUCUCAGUUUAUCAACGACCAUCAAUUCAUAAUGUGCAUUGCAAGAAAGUUGGUGAUCGUAAAUUUGGAUACAUUGGAAGUUGUACGCAUUUUGGAUGGGUCCAUUCCUAAGAUCAAUCACUGUGUUGGCAUCAUCAAUGACGCUACAGAAUGUAUUUGUCUGAGUCGGGGUAGCAAGAACCUGAAGAUCAGUAACCUGGCAACUGGAAAAACAGUUGCAAUAUUGAGGAACGAACUUGACAACAAAAAAGAGCCCGGUGAUGCACAGAAGGAGAUAAAGCUGACAAAAUCUGGCAAAGUCAAGAAAAAGAAAAUAGUUCGAUAUGACUCCGUUUUGACCAAUCCCAAUGGUACAUAUGCUGUGGCUGCAACAGACGGUAUGAAAACCCAACUUCAUGUCUUUGAUGUCGUGAACAGAAAAUUUCUCCAUCGCAUAGAUCUGAACCCGUAUGCUAAAGACGUUGACAUUUACCUUGAGGGCUCGCGAAUAUGGUCUCAGGAUGGGAAUCUCAUGGUUGUGCAAGGUUCUGGUGUGAUACGCAAGAAACAUCAGCAGAUUAAACCACGCUUGGAGAGCAGUGUGAUGGUGUUUUAUGUGUGGGAUAUAGCAAAAGGAGACAUGUCUUCCAUUCUGUAUGAUUGGGAGCAUGGGCUGCUGCAUGAGCAGAAGAAGAGAGAGAACUCCCCUGAGGCAAACUCCCUCUAUGUAGCAGCCAAUGACGUGGCCUAUGUCUCCUGUGAUGACUUCAUUGUCAGAGCUCAUGACAUUCACUCAGGGGACCUUCUUUAUCGCUUGGAAGGACAUGGGUCACAUGGGGCUGAAGUUAUCUCUCUGUCCUUGGACCACCGACGUCUUGUCACAUAUAAUUCUAGCUCCGAAGAGCUUGCCUGUUUUGUUUGGGACCUGGUGACACACAAGAGGUUGACAAUGUUCAGGUUCGAUGCUGAGAUCUCCUCUGUAGCUGCCGUUGGGCAGUGCAGUUCUCUAAUCAUUGCUGGUAAAUCGAAACUAGACAUGAAGUAUAUCAACCUGCAUGGUGAAGGAUGCCACAGCUAUGAAGAGGACUUGAAAGACUUGCCAGAAAUGUUCAGUGGAAAAGUGCUGAAUGUCACACUAGAUCCACUCACUGAGGCAGAGAUUCUUCAAGCACAUGAAGUUCACGAAGGUGACCUUGACAGUGAUGUUGAUAGUGUGUCCGGUGAUGAAAGUGAAGAAGGUACUGAUAUAGAAGAUAGCGAUGAAGAGGAGGAGGUGGAUGAAUAUGGUGACGAUGAUGAAGACGAUGAUGCCAAUGAUAAGGGAGAGGAGAAAGUAGCUCUACCACCAGGUCCCAAAAUCCCAGCAAAUUUGACAAAAGAAGAAGUUAGUGGCUAUCAAAAUCAGCUGAUGGAAAUGGAGAAACAAAUAGAAGAAACCAUGAAACUUCUGGAGGAGGCUGUGCAGAAAAAGGAGAAGGAAGAAAGAGAAAAGAGGCUAAAGGCUGUGGGAGAAGCUGGUGUGUUACCCAAAGACGGGGCUGUUGGGAUGUUAACUGAUGGAUCAGUUAAAGACGAAGCUAGUGGCAGUAGUGACAAUUAUGAAUUACCAAAUGAUGAGAUUGUAAAGGAAACUGUUGACGCAGAAAGUAAUGGACUUGCAAAGGGUGAAACUGUUGAUAAUGAAGCUGAUCAGGUGGCAGAGGGUAAAAUUGUUAACAUAGAAAUGAAUGGACUUGCUAAAGGUGAAACUGUUGCUGAUGAAGCUGAUCAGGUACAAGUGGUAAGGGACAAAACUGUUGAUAAUGAAACUACUCAGUUAGCAGAGAGUUAAACUGUUGAUCAUGAAACUGAUCAGGGAGCAGAGAGUGAAACUGAUAAGGCAGCAGAGCGCAAGAUUUCUUUUAGAGGCUUGCUUAUCCUUAGUUCUUGGUGUAAGAUUAAGAGAAAUGAAAAUCUGACCUUGGUAUGCUAUUUGAAUGCCACUUUCAAAGAACCAAGCAAAAUAGAUAUGAUAUCCCUCCAUUAAAGGUAAACUGAGAGUUAUGAUAAUAACCAUUACAAUCAAAAAUGUUGUCACAGCAAAAAGAGCCGAUUACGUGUUUCAUGCGAGCUGCCUGAGGUGAUGACGUCAUAAUUGCAAUGUUUAUUAUUAUCAUCAAAUGAUUAACUUAAAAGUUACUAAAACUCUCAGUUCUCCUUUAAGUGAAUUGAAGCGUUUUAUUGACGUUGCUAAUGUCUUAUUGAUCAUUUAUUUAAAUUGUACUCUCGGUUGGUCGGCCAAUGUCAGAGAACCAGGGGCCGUAUUUACAAAGCCCUCGCAUCUUUGCGACCACGCAAAUCUAUUGUUCACCUGCAUACACCCUAUUGUUCACUGACUGUUAGACAAAAGAUUAGCGUGGUCGAAAAGUUGCGAGGGCUUUGUAAAUAUGGCCCCAGCACUACAAAUCUCUACUUUGUUAAAACUUUUUAAAAUUCUCAUAUCUUUAUGGGCAGCUGUUAUUGUUUUAUAAUAUACAUGUACAUUGUAUACUCAGGUCCAGCCAUCACGUUAAAGGAGGAGUGCUCUUGGAUAUUGACGACUGUCAGAAGUCUGAGAGGUCUCCAACAUUUUAUAUGUUUACAUGUGUUAGUAUAUCUAUAUCUGAAAUAUUGUAAAAAUUGUGAUACUAGUUAUUAACUUGCCAAAGUAAGAGAUCUGUCUGUAUGGUAUAUACAUGUAUUUGUUGAAGAUUAAUACGUCCUGUUAAU